AAACAGCAUUUUACUCUGCUAUUUUCUUGACGACAUCUAUAACAAAUGUAAACCAUUUUUUUUUGCUAACGUCAAUCUUAUUGAAGUAUGCUAGGCUUUAAUACUUUAGCAACACUAGCGCAUACAUCAGUGUAAUUAUUGAUUUAAGCGAGAUAUAUAUAAAAGCAUUAAUUAGGCUAAACGAUUGCCUCUGUAUACCUCCAAUUAUUUCACAACCUAUCAAUAAUCACUGCCUUCUGACACUUGAUUGUCUGCCUCUAACAGAUAUUUGUGGUGCCAAUUUCAACGUGAAUCUUCUUGGACUUCAUCGAAACUUUCGUUUUGUAAAUGCCACUGUUUAAAUUAGUUGUUGAAAGAAUACAAGAUAAUCAUAAAUUACAAGAUGUUUAUCGAUGGGCAGUGAAAGGCGAUCCUGAAGAUGUGACGUAUACUGAACUUAUUCGUAGAAUAGAAGGAGUUAUUGAGAAACCUGGUGAAAGAGUUAGUCCUGUGAAUAUUGAUGAUUAUACUGUAACUUGGUUUGAUGGAGAAGAUAUGUGUAGAAUCAGUUGUACUGACGAUCUGCAUGACGCAAUUGUCUCUACAGCAGGACUCGAUGGAAAUGCAAAAAGUAUACGAAUUUAUGUAGCAAGCAAGCAGAGUGAUCUGAAACAUCCUCCAGUGAGUAAACCAAAACGUGCAACCGGUGAAGAUAUCCAACUUCCCGACUUACCUGAAGAAUUAGAACAUCUUGACCUUAGUGAAGCCAACGUUGGCAAAGUAGUAGAAAAUACCAAUGAAAGUCAACAGAACAGCGAAUCAGACACUAAACAGACAAACGAAGCUCCUACAACGCCAACACACUAUCAAAAUAAUACCAAUAGUGCAGGAAGUGAUUAUGGUCAUAGUACUCCAACUGCUCCACAGCUCAGUCCAUCUCCAAACGAUCCAAACCUACCACCAUCAUUGAAACCUGAACAACCUAUACUCCCUGGUUAUGCUCCAAACGUAGCCUUUCCAAGAAUGUAUCCAGGCUACAGUCGGUAUCCACCUCAAGCUUAUGCAAACUAUCAACCAGGAAUGAUGGUAGCAGGACUUCCUGGUCCAAUGCAAGGACAACCGGCGACACCACCUCUUACACAGAAUAUGGUUAUGCCGCAUGAAACUAUCUCAACACCACCUAAUAAUUAUGCCUACCCUAUGAAUAGUCCAGCUAUGAAUAGUCCUACUAUGAAUAGACAGUUACCGCCUAAAGUUAACCGACUACCGCCAUCUAUGAUGAAUUUACCAAGACAACCAGGUGUAGCCGGGAAGACAUCAGUUGAUACAAUGGCAAUCAUUAGUCGGUUACGUCUGAUGGGUUUUCAACAGAAUGAUGUGUACUUGACCAAUUUAAUUCGACAGCACAAUGGUAAUUUAAAUACAAUAUUGGAUAGAUUAUCCUCAGAAGAGAACAGAAGGUUACCAUAAACUUGAUCGUCUUUCUCUCUGUUUGUUCGUUUGUUGUUGUUUUCUUUUUCAAAAUUACGUCUAACAAAUAUGAACAGUGAUAAUUCAGUAAAUAUCAUAACACUAACGAGACCAGGUUACUCAAACCACCUUUAUAUAAAUAAAUAUAUAUACAUAUAUAGGCCAGAUUAAAAUAUGGGUUAUUUGUCUUGUCUGUAUGAAAACAAAUUCAAUUCAGAAUGAAUUCGCUACUCAUUUUUGAUGUUCCUACCUUCAGUUUCUAACAAAUUACUGUUUCAUACUGAUAUGGGGAUCUAGUCAUCAAUGGGGAAUUCGGACUUUCCCAACGGGGAAGUUGUCUACACUUUCGUUGGAUUGUUUGUUUUAUUCAUUUUGUCGUAUUUCAAAGUUCAGUGUUUUUUAUAUCGACUUCUGUCACCUUUUCCUGCUCAUUACUGACUUACUUUCGUUUUAAAUAAAGAUAAAAAUGAGGGGAAACCAUUAUUUCUUUCUUUUAUGACUGUGUUUUCUUAUUUGUUGAGAACAUAAAGCCUGUGGUUAAGCGAUUCUUACAGUUGUUGAAGGAUUUCACCCAAUCAACCAAUCAAACAAAAUGCCUACAAAAACCAA